GUCGAUACAGAUCUAAUAUGCUCCCCACUUUCGAUACAAAUCUGCGCUGGAAUGUUGCGCAUGGGCGCCAAAGAUGAUAGCGAAACCAGCCGCCAGCUGGACGCCGGACUGAAGUUCAGCUCGAGCAAUGUCAAUCAGAUAGCUGACGGCUUUCGUAGUGCUCUCCAGUAUUACCAGAAGUACAGUGUGUUGCGCAUGGCCAAUAGAGUGUACGUUAUGAACAGUAUUCACUUACGUAAGGGAUUCUGCGAUGCGUUGUUGCAAAACUUUUUUUCAACGCCCGAGUACAUCGAUUUCAAAAAUGGCCAGAAAUCGGCUGCCGCUAUCAAUGCCUGGGUAGAAUCCGAGACGAAUAAUCUUAUAAAGGACCUCGUUAGCCCAGACUCUUUUAGCUCAGAUACUCGUCUUGUGAUGAUCAAUGCGAUCUACUUCAAGGGCGAAUGGGAUAUUAAAUUUGAUGAGCAGCAAACGCAGAGCGAAGAUUUCUUUAUAGAUGACAAAAAUAAGAUUCAAGUAUCUAUGAUGAACGCAACGAACGAUUACUUGUAUGCCGAACUCCCAAACUUAGAUGCCAAAGCCUUGCGGAUGUCUUACAAAGACACUCAAUUGUUCAUGUUGGUCAUUCUGCCCAACAAAAAAGAUGGCCUAGCGGAUCUGGAGAAUGGUCUAAAAUCGACUACCCUGGAGAGUAUCGCAUCUGAACUGUUCCCCACAAAAGUAUCUGUCAAGCUGCCCAAAUUCAAAACUGAAUUCAGUAUGGAGCUAACACCUGUCUUCCAGGCCCUGGGCAUGGAUAUAAUAUUUACUAAUCCAGAGUUUGAUAAAAUGCUCGAGAAGAUAGAGCCACUGAAAGUAUCCCAAAUUGUGCACAAGGCAUUCAUUGAGGUUAACGAAGAGGGUACCGAAGCUGCUGCUGCAACUGCCAUUUUUGUUAAUUUUGAAAUGAUGUCAUCAACAGAGGAUGAGCCCAAAAUUUUUCAUGCCGAUCAUCCAUUUUGCUAUAUUAUUUACGACGAAGUCUACGGUUGUCUCUUCAUGGGCAAUUUCAAACAGAAAGAUCCGAGCUCAAUAAAUACAUCUGAGCUAUGCAAACCCUGUAAGUCAGAAUGUCCAAGAUUACAUGCAAAAAAAUGAA